GACCCAGCCCCCUGCCUCUAUCCAAAAAUAGCUAAGUUAAUAAUAAAAGUGACGAGAAAGAGGAAUGUGCCCGAGACCUCAGAGCCCCUCACCUGGGUCACCUGGGGGGCCUCAGCUGCCUGGUGACCCCCUGCCCCCAGUCCUGACUUCCUGCCUCACGUCUCUGAACCUGUCUCUGUCUCUCCCUUCCAGGCCGGCCAUGGAGCCCCUGUGCCCGCUGCUGCUGACCGGCCUUAGCUGGCCGCUGGCCCAGACCUUGAGCACCAACGCCACCACAGCCAGCGGCAACAGGACGGCCGCCACCCCAGGUCCCCAGGCGCCAGGCGGCCCCCAGCCCCUGCUGGCCUGGCUGCUGCUCCCGCUGCUGCUGUCGCUGCUGUCGCUGGUCCUGGCCGCCUACUUCUGCAGGUUCCGGAAGCAGAGGAAGGCUGUGGUCAGCGCCGGAGACAAGAAGAUGCCCAACGGGAUCCUGGAGGAGCAAGAGCAGCAAAGGGUGAUGCUUCUCAGCAGGUCCCCCUCGGGGCCCAAGAAGUUCUUCCCCAUUCCGGUGGCCCACCUGGAGGAGGAGGUGCGGCUCCGAUCGGCUGACGACUGCAAGCGCUUCCGUGAGGAGUUCAAUUCCUUGCCGUCUGGACACACUCAAGGAACCUUUGAGCAGGCCAACAAGGAAGAGAACAGAGAGAAAAACAGAUACCCCAACAUCCUGCCCAAUGACCACUCCAGGGUGAUUCUCAGCCCAGUGGACGGAGUCCCCUGCUCAGACUAUAUCAAUGCCUCCUAUAUUGAUGGCUACAAAGAGAAGAAUAAAUUCAUAGCUGCUCAAGGACCCAAACAGGAAACAGUCAACGACUUCUGGAGGAUGGUGUGGGAGCAGAAGGCGGCCACGAUCGUGAUGCUGACCAACCUGAAAGAGAGGAAGGAGGAGAAGUGUUUCCAGUACUGGCCGGACCAGGGCUGCUGGACCUACGGCGGCCUGCGCGUGUGCGUGGAGGACUGCGUCACCCUGGUGGACUACACCAUCCGCAAGUUCUGCAUCCAGGCGCAGCCCCCCGACGGCUGCAAAGCCCCCCGCCUGGUCUGCCACCUCCAUUUCACCAGCUGGCCCGACUUCGGAGUACCCUUCACCCCCAUCGGGAUGCUCAAGUUCCUGAAGAAGGUGAAGACGCUGAACCCCCUCCACGCCGGGCCCACGGUCGUCCACUGCAGUGCGGGCGUGGGUCGCACGGGUACCUUCAUCGUCAUCGACGCCAUGAUGGACAUGAUGCACGCGGAGCAGAAGGUGGACGUCUUUGACUUUGUGUCCAGGAUCCGCCAUCAGCGCCCGCAGAUGGUGCAGACGGAUGGGCUGAGGCCACGCCCCCCACAGAUGCAGUACACCUUCAUCUACCAAGCGCUGCUGGAGUGCUACCUGUACGGGGACACCGAGCUCGACGUGGCCUCCCUGGAGAAGCACCUGCAGACCCUGCAUGGGAAGGGCCCCCACUUCAACAAGAUGGGGCUGGAGGAGGAAUUCAGGAAGCUGACCAACGUUCGCAUCAUGAAGGAGAACAUGAGGACAGGCAACCUGCCGACCAACAUGAGGAAGGCCAGGGUCAUCCAGAUCAUCCCAUACGACUUCAACCGUGUGAUCCUCUCUGUGAAGAGGGGACAGGAGUACACGGACUACAUCAACGCCUCUUUCAUCGACGGCUACCGGCAGAAGGACCACUUCAUCGCCACGCAGGGCCCCCUGGCCCACACAGUGGAGGACUUCUGGAGAAUGGUGUGGGAGUGGAAAUGCUACACCAUUGUGAUGCUCACGGAGGUGCAGGAGCGAGAGCAGGACAAGUGCUUCCAGUACUGGCCAGCAGAGGGCUCCGUGAAGCAUGGCGAGCUCACCAUCGAAAUCAAGAGUGACAGCCUGGCAGAAGCCAUCAGCGUGCGGGACUUCCUGGUCACCUUCAGUCAGCCACCCGGCCGCCAGGAGGAGCAGCCCCGCGUGGUGCGGCAGUUCCACUUCCACGGCUGGCCCGAGGUGGGCAUCCCGGCGGAGGGCAAGGGCAUGAUCGACCUCAUCGCCGCGGUGCAGAAGCAGCAGCAGCAGACCGGCAACCACCCCAUCACUGUGCACUGCAGCGCCGGCGCAGGGCGCACAGGCACCUUCAUCGCUCUGAGCAACAUCCUGGAGCGCGUGAAGGCCGAGGGCCUGCUGGACGUCUUCCAAGCUGUGAAGAGCCUGAGGCUGCAGCGGCCACACAUGGUGCAGACCCUGGAACAAUAUGAAUUCUGCUACAAAGUGGUACAAGAUUUUAUUGAUAUAUUUUCUGAUUAUGCUAAUUUCAAAUGAAAACGUCUGCCUCAAACUAUUUUUUAAUUUAAUGGUCAGUAUAUUUUGUAAAAAAAAAAAAAAGUCUUGUUAAUUUAUUUCAUGGUCCACACCGAUAGCCUUUCUAAUUUCUUUGUAUAUAUUAGAUAUUCCACUGUGCUCCUAAGAGCCGCACAUUGUAAGGUCAUUAACUCUUAAAUCCCCCUUUAAAAGAUGGGGUCCGUUGUAAAGGCCAGAGACUCCCUCAUCAGCUCUGCUUCUGCUAACACCCAUCCGUACUUUAACUCUUCGUCUGACCCGUGUUUUAUUUGACGUUCCUAUGUCUGGCACUUCUGAAUGUUGUGAAUUCUGAUGUUCCAAGUGUGUUUUGACAAAGGAACAAACACCAUGUCUCAUCUUGAGAAAAACAACCAGGACUUGGAAAUGACUGACCCCCCCCCCCCCGCCCUUGCCCGGCCCCCUCACGCUUCCUCAAGAUGGAGUCUGAGUGGGGGUGUCACAGCCGCGGCCCCCAGCCCUGCAGUCUCACGUGCUGCAUCACACAGACGGAGUGCUGAGGCCAGCAGUCGGGCCUCUUACACAUGGCGGGGGGUAGCUGCAGGGACGCUGGAAGCCUCAAGUUGUCAAGGCUGUGUGUGUGACUGCCUCCCAGUGAGGUGAGAAUACUUGAGACUGGACAGGGCUCAGAGGGCCUCUCAGCACUGCUGUCUGUCUGUCUGUGCCUCUCUGCCGGAUACAGACAAGCUUCUGCGAAGCUAAGUGACUGUGUGUGGCCAUGCGGCCCGCUGCCCUCGGCCCUGGUGGGUUUCUGGAGCCCCCGUGUCCGGGCAGACAACCCCUUCAAGCACAACUGGGCUCUUCCCUGAGCUGAACGUUUAUAAGAGAAGAAAUCUUCAAAUCUAGAUUUAUACUGCUUUUUUUAAGUCCCCCACCCCCCAAUAUUUAAUAAAAGAGAAAAGGGAACGAGAAGACC